AUGUCAUUUCAAUCCAAGUUUGCUUCAAGGCUCGACGAUAUCAAUGAGACUCAGGAGUCAAUCACCUCCCUUUCCAAAUACAUGCUCGCAAACUCGCUGAGGGCUGCGGAGUUGGUGGAUGUUUGGAAAUCACAGCUUGCUCGAACAUCGUCCAAUGCCACGCGGUUGCUCCUAAUUUACCUUUGCAAUGAUGUGGUGCAGCAAGCCAAGCGCCAGAAUAAGCUUCAGUUUAUUGACAGCUUCAGCCGGAUCCUUCCCAAUGUGAUAGGCCCCGCUUACGCCGCGGCAGAUUCUACGAUACGAGCCAAAGUCGACAGAGUGGUUUCAGUCUGGGAACAGAGAUCGAUAUUCAACGAGGAUUUCAUCGGCAAGUUCAAAGAGGCGCUCAAAUCGGCCACGCUGGCACCUCCAACACCUUCUCAUGUAUUGCUGGCACCCCAGGCACCCCAAGCACCACCUAGGCCGGCACUGCCAUCGAUCAUUCCCGAGUUGAGACACAUCAACGACCUUUUCCAGCAUAUCGCGACUUUGACCGACAUUAGUCAGGGGAACCUCACGCAAUUGGGCAUACAAUCCAAGACUUAUCUAAACUUGAACGCGGACAACUUGCCAAAGACCCUGAUCCACUUGAACAAAUUGAAUGUCUUGGAAAAAUUGAGCAAAGUUUCAAUCAAGAACAUCGAGGAUAUAAAGUCAACGCGAGAGAAAAUCAGAGAUAGCCUUGAAACGUUGGCAAAAUUGACAGCAGACGCUAUUGCAACAGAUGAGAGCAAAAUCUCUGUUGUCAAUGACAAGAUGAAAAAGAUUCGCGAGGUUCGGCUGCAGUUGCAAGGAGAAGUUCUAGGGUCAGCGUCAGCGUCAGUGUCACGAACUCGACCUCAUGGUGGCAACAAUGGCAAUGGCGAUGAUGAUGACAAUAAUAAGAAUAAUGAUAACGACGACGAUGAUGAUGAUUUGCCCAAAUAUGAAGAAGAUUCAGAAAAUUCAGAAGAAGAAAAAGAUGAUGAAAAAGUUGAGUUUAAAAAGAGAAAAAUCUCACCAAGCCCGGGUGACGUCACACCGAGCAGGAAGGUUGCGUUUGCAGAGGAUAUAGUAGUAAACGAAUUUGAAGAAUCGUCAUCUUCGCCAUCCUCGUCGACAAACCUGGACGAUGAGAUGAAAGACGGGGCUGUCGAAACUACGGAGGAAACAACAAGCUCAGAAGUGA